AUAGCAACGGUUAUAUGUAAACACACCAACAUUGCUGACAGAAAAAUGCCUAAAAGUCGUGGUAAGAAAACUAAGAGAUCAAUCCUUGCCAGGUUCUUGAAUUUCUGCUGUUGCAAGGGUAAAGAUGACGACGAAGAGCGAAACGCCGACGGAGACGACAUUUUCGUCACGCGGAUUUACAAAUCUUCAAGCGCUGUGGCAUUUCAUGGCAAUCAAGACAUAGUCGCCGGGUUUCCGUACAUGCCAAAACCUAGCAAGAGCGACAUUUUUGAAGUGGCAGGACGACUUACAACCCAGGAAAGACAAGCAAACCACACCAGCAACAAGCAAGGAAGGAAGAAAUCCAAGAAAAAUCAAGUUACACCAGAUGCUGCUGCUAGUUAUGAUGUAGGCGGUGAUGUAGCUGAUGUGAAUUUCGAUGACAGCGAUGGGCUUGACAUUCUGACCGCUUUUUAAGGAAGACGCAUUUGGAAUUAUAUGCAAACAGGUGGACACGAGUUGUGCCAAGGCAAUUGAAUAGUACAAUAUGGGUGGCGAGUGGUUGAAAAACCUGUGCGGAUCGUCCCUUGAUGACGAGACCAUGCAGAAGAUAGCGCAUCCGGCUUUGGAACUUGGUACACACGUGACAAUUAAGACUGUGCAAAGUUUCGGGUUGCUUGGGACUGUGCUUGUUGGACCAGUUGUUGCAGUGGCACGCGCGGAGACUCGAAAUUGGUCGGGACUCCAACACAACAUGACUCGUGCUGGAAGAGGAGGUCUUAUACUUGGUCUGUUCGCAGGACCUUUGUUAACGUAUCUCAAAGUGAGGAACGAGACGGAUGGGUAUAAAAUAUGGGACCGGUGUUAUAGAUUACGGUAUAAUAGAGGACAGGUACGGGUAGACCAGGCUUCUAUCGUAGGAGCGGCAACCGGAGCGGCUGUCGCUUAUGGAACGGCAUCUGCCGGCGGAGCAAUGUUUGGUGGUUUAGUCGGGAUGUCUACGGGAAUUUUACUUGCAGCAGUGUAUAACAACAUGUAACAUUACUCCAGGAGGCUGAAGAUAGGACAAUAAAGCAGAAUGUGUUUGAAGACGGAACAGUAUUUAAGAUUCAUUAACAGGACAUUCGACAAAGACUUGAACUAGUUUAUAUACGUGAAUGUUAAGAACUUCUAAAGGUAGAAGUCAGAUUAUUCGUUAAGUAUCAAAAUUAUCUAUUUGUUUCGAGAAUUUGAGUGCAUUUUGUUUAUUAAAGCGUGCAUUAGA